AUUCUCGAGUGUUUUGCCAGCAGUGCGAAUAAUUCACCUCUCAUACCGCCUCGUUGGCAUGUGCCCGUACAAAUUGCCGCAGGACAUCACCUCCGAACACCUACCGCUGUCCCCUCUUGGGCUCCUCAAUACCGUCACUUUUAUCGCCCUAUCCUGCACGGUGGUCUACCUCAAUGUCAUUGUGGACAUCUACGGGGAACUUUCAUCUUCGAGUAUUCUUAAUUUCAUCAGCAGAGGUGUCCUCAUGGGGGGACUCGUUUUUACCAUUCUCUUCACUUUUGUCAGUUCUCUCAUGAGGAAGAGCAACUGGGAAAUGGUGAGACUUCUGCAUCGUAUUGAUACGCGGCUCUCAAGUGUGGGCGUUCAGUUCAACUACAAGAGGCAAUUUUACAUGGCUAUUGCCUACACGAUUCUCUGGGUAACCUUCGUUUUCUUGCUUAUUGGCUACCACUGCUUCUACAGUAGCUUGGGCACGAUGAAUUAUGUUAAAAUGUGCAUCCACAUUACGAGCCAUUAUGUAGCUGUAACGGCCUAUGGAGCUUUCAUGAGUCACUUCUUCUACAUGCUCGUUGCCAUUUAUUCGCGCUUUGCAGCCAUCAAUAUUAACUUUAGUCGCCAUUUUCUCACCAAAAGUGCUAAAGAAAGGACUCCUGGACAGGAUGAUGGGGAAGUGAAGGAACUACGAAUUGCUCACGAUGAGCUAAAUGAUCUCCUUGACUGCGUGAACUCUUUUCUCUCAAUUGUGGCUAUGGCGGGGAUCACCCUGUCCAUCUUCCUCUGGGUCCUCUCGUGCAGUUCAAUGUACAAAAGGAAUGUCGAUGAUAGGGAAAGUCUCCUCUUAUCACCAAUUGGCUAUGUCCUCUGGAGCUCCUACUUUGCCUUCUUCGUGGUAACAGUCAUCGUUAUGGCAAGUCGGGUCACGAGUGAGGGUCGUCGAACGGCUGUUCUCAUCCACAAGGGAAUGAAUUUGCACCCCAACCAUCCGGAUUUGCAAGAGCUCAAGAUUUUCUCAAUGCAACUCCAGAGUCGGGAACCUGUUGCCAGCUGUGGCCUCUUCACCUAUGACUACACCCUUCUCUACUCUGUUCUGGGCAGCAUCUCCAUCUACACGACGAUUUUUAUUCAAUUUGAUUCAUUCAACUAUAAAGCUUAGAAGUAGGAUGUUUAAUAAGUAUUCUUAAAUUGUUUGAAGAGAGAUAUUUGAUGAACUUUUGAGAGUUUUUUUUGUGCACAACACACAGAGGAAGGAGAGCUUUUUUCGUUAAUAAAUACAUCGAAUUUUUAACAAUCAAAUCGUCGCUGGAACUUAGGUAGCUGCCUACAAUGAUUUUCCAUGAGGAAUUCUUCAAGAAAAAUCCCAAAUCUCUCAAAUCAGAAAAAUUUUCCCACAAUCCAUAGCAAUUUUCACAAAUAAAAUCAAAGGU